AUGGAGCGGGUCCAGGAUAUCUACCGCCAGCCGCUGGUCAAUGUGAAGGGGGUCCCGCUGAUCAAGUACAUUGGAGAGAUGGUGGAGUCAAUUCAGAGCUUCCAAGCCUGGCCUGAUGACGUGCUCAUCAGCAACUUUCCCAAGUCUGGUAGCACAUGGGUAACUGAGAUCAUGGAAAUGAUCUACCAGGGUGGUAGCCUAGAGAAGUGUCACCGGGCCCCAAUUUAUGAACGGGUGCCUAUCCUUGAGUUGAAAUGGCCAGGGCUUUCCACAGGUAUAGAAAUUUUGAAAGAUACACCUGCCCCUCGGCUCCUCAGAACACACUUGCAACUGACCCUGCUUCCCCAAAGUUUUCUGGAUCAGAAGGUGAAGGUGAUCUAUGUUGCCCGCAACGCAAAGGACGUGGCUGUCUCCUUUUACAACUUCUACAAAAUGGCCAAGGGACACCCUGAACCUGGUACUUGGGACAACUUCCUGGAGAAGUUCAUGGAUGGACAAGUGUCCUUUGGGUCAUGGUACCAGCAUGUGCUGGAGUGGGGGGAGCUGAGCUGCACCCACCCUGUGCUCUACCUCUUCUAUGAAGAGCUGAAGGAGAACCCCAAAAGGGAGAUUAAAAAGAUCCUGGAGUUUCUGGGGCGCUCCCUGUCAGAGGAGACAGUGGAUCACAUCGUCCAGCACACAUCCUUCAAGGAGAUGAAGAAGAAUCCCAUGGCUAACUACACCACCAUACCAACUGAGAUAAUGGACCACAGUGUUUCUCCCUUCAUGAGGAAAGGCAUCGUGGGGGACUGGAAAUUUGUCUUCACUGUGGCCCAGAAUGAGCGCUUUGACGCCCACUAUGCUAAGAAGAUGGCAGGCUGCAAGUUCAACUUCCUUUGGCAGCUCUGAGUGGUGUCGUGGGGAGCCACUGCAGGGGGAGCAUGGGCACAAGCCUGACCCAUGACCUCAGGAAUAAAACAUGAUGUGUCCA